AUGAAGUCUGCCUUUGUUUUACUGACCUUCUUGGCUGUCUCACAGGGAAUUAUCAGGAUUCCCCUGAUGAGAGGAAAGUCAGCCAGGCAGGAGCUGGAGGAGAGAGGCCUGUUUGAAGAGUACAGGAGGAAGUUUCCAUUCAACCCUGCAGCAAAGUUUCUCCCUAGAAAUGAGCAGAGUGUGGUGCCCUUGACCUUUGACCCAGAUACAACAUACUAUGGAGAGAUUGGUAUCGGGACUCCACCUCAGAUCUUUAAGGUUCUCUUUGACACCGGUUCCGCUGAUCUGUGGGUUCCCUCUGGGAGCUGCACCAGCACUGCUUGUGAAAACCAUUCAAAGUUCAACAGCUCGGCAUCGUCCACUUUUCAGGCCGGCACAACCACCUUCCACAUCUCGUACUUCAGUGGAUAUGUAGCAGGGAGCAUCGGAUAUGAACUCAUUCAGAUAAGCGACAUCCACGUGGACCACCAGAUCUUUGGCCUCACUGAAACAGAGUCUGGUUUCAUGGAAUAUGUGCCCUGGGAUGGGAUUCUUGGUCUGGCCUUCCCUGGUUUGUCCCAUGAGGGAGGCACGCCGAUAUUUAACAACAUGUGGAACCAGGGCAAAAUCCCCCAGAACAUGUUCUCCAUGUACCUGAGCAGUUCUGCAGAGGGCAGUAUGUUGAUUCUUGGAGGUCUGGAUUCCUCAUAUUACACUGGAUCCUUGCAAUGGAUCCCCCUGUACAAGGCCACUAACUACUGGGACAUCCAAAUACAAAGCAUCACCAUCAACGGGAACACCGUUGCAUGCUCUGGGAGUUGUGCAGCAACAGUGGACUCUGGUACUUCUUUUAUCAUUGGCCCUGAACAAGAUAUUAACAACAUCAAUGGUUGGUUGGGAGCCUCCUUAAAUCCGGAUGGUGAUGCUACAGUGACCUGCAGUAUCACACAUCUCUUGCCAGACAUUGUGUUCAACAUCAACGGCUUCAGUUUUACUCUUCCUCCAUCUGCCUACAUCAUAAAGUCUACGUCUGGGUGCAGCACAGGGUUUUCAUCUGGGUCCUGGAUCCUGGGUGAGGUCUUCAUGCGGCAGUUCUACACUGCCUUCGACAUCAGCAACAACAGGGUGGGCUUUGCUCAGGCUGUGUGA